AUGAAACCAAACAAGCCCAGGUAUAUUGCAUGCUCACAUUGCUCCAAGGCGAAAGCCCGUUGUGAUCGGAAGGUAGACAGCCAAUUUAAUUUCAUCGUGCCCCCUUGUAAAAAACUUGUCUGCCACCCUCGCUCUGCUCGUCGAGCCAUUCACACCCCAACUGAACAGCAUUUGCGAUGGCUACAGCCUGGCGAUGUUCCACGCAGAGACGAGCAGCAGACCAUAUCACUUGCGCAACAGACGCCCGUUGAUGCGGAUAACACUAUGGUAACCGGGACCGAUAUGAGACCCGACAGUCCAGAUGUCUCAUCACAGCUUCAAUCAACCGGGGCCUCCUACAUCAGUGCGGAUAAGAUGACACAUCUGUCAACCGAAUGGUUACACCAGAUCACCCCCGAGUCCUCAAUGCAUAUGCCUCUGAAUGUGACACUGGAUCAGGAUGGCACACAUCAGUCAUCGCCCGAUCUAGACCUGAUCAACGAGCUCAUAGGUUAUCCUGCGUGUGAUGACCUGGGAACAACCUACAUGGUGUUUGUCGGCAUCGGACCGACUGACAGUCCACCGCUGUCACCUAGCAGGGAUGGGCGGAGCGUCAAAGGCCAAAACAACCGCCUUGUGCCCCUAUGUCCAGGUCAUCCACGGCACUGGAGUGAGGAUUUCAGUGGCCAGAUGCGCAUCAGCAUGCAACGGUUCGAACAGACCAUCAACUUGCGUCAACCUUGGACUACUAGUUGCAGUGAGACCCGGGUAUCCCUUUCCUACCCGUCAGCUAUGAACCCCAUCACAGAAACCACGCGUGAUAGCCUCGUUGCAGUCUCUCAGGUUCUAUUGCUGCAGACUCGAAGCAUUCACUUGUGGGAGAAUGGUCGCAAUAGCCGAAGGCUCAGCUCCGGGAAUCUUGCAGUUUUGAAUUUGCCACCGGCAAAAGUACUCGACAGCUUGUUGCGAGCCUAUACAUCCUGCUUUGACCAAUACUUUGGACUGUUGAGUAGUGAAUUGCAAGAUCCUAAUGACAUCAUGACCCACCCAGAGCACGACUUGAAGGCUGCCGGCAUACUGCUUUUGCUGAUGAUCGCCAUCGGAGCAACAGCUAACCCUGAACCUAAAAUGCACAUAUUUGCUAUCGGGAUGGCAGAAAUGUGUCGCACUGCCUUGUGCGACCUGAUGGAAGACGAAUUAUCAGACACGAGGCCAGAUAUACUGUCACAUUGUGCCCUAUUGCUUCUCUAUCUGGGGAUGUGGUCUGGUGAAAGAUGGCUGAUGCGGAUCAUCUGCGCGCACCGGCAAAUAUACACCCAGGCAAGUUCCAUCGCUGGUCUUCAAAGAGGAAUGUUACUACACCGAUGUCCACUCUCACUCGAUACAAAUGAUUCCCUUCAGAAGUUACACAGCGAUCCAAAUUUGAGCCAGCAAUGGCAGCAUUGGAAGGAGCAAGAGAUGCAAUCGCGACUCACGUACGCGUGGAUGGUAACAGACCAGGAAUGGAGCCUUGUCUACGAUACCCCCUCAAACUUCUCGGUGGACAUGAUGACCCAAUCGCUGCCCAACAGCGAGAGUCUCUGGAGAGCGACAUCUGAAGGCGACUGGGCAGCUCUAGCCCCCGACAUAUUCGGGACCCAGGCCCCUACCUGUCUAUGUGAUCUGUAUACAUCCUUCAUGAACCACGAACUUCGACCAGGACGUUCGACGCUUCCUCUGCAGUAUCUGCGCCUACUACUUGUGCCUCUACACGGCAUGGUGAUUCAUCUGCGGCAGUGGCUGCAGUCAUUCCCCAACUGCCCCGUGCGUUGGCGCAAGAAUAACCAGGGACUCUCCAACCCAGCAAUCCACGCCCAGCUCGACCAGGUACAGGCUCUGCUACCUGAAUGGUAUGACCUGGCCAUUCAUUCGACAAACACUUCCCCCGCAUUUGUAUCCAUGCUCGUCAUGUACCAUCUCAUAGCCCUGAACGCCAUGGCCAGCUUCCCAAAUAUCGAAGAUGCUCUGCUGCGUGGCCCCCUUGAUCGAUCCCAGCUGCCCAACCCUCGCGGGUCUGACCCGUGUCCCCUGGGUACCUGUCAGUCAACUAUCGCGGAAGAUAGUGCAGAAGAGGCCCUUUUCCACUGCGGCCAGGUAUUGCGUCUUGUGCGGCUUAUGCCACCGUCAGAUCAGCCACUUUGGUGGUCAGCCGUCGUGUACCGCAUUGCGCUGAUCACCAUAUUUCUGUCAAUAAAACGUCAUCCCCAUCACUGGUUGCCUGCGGUCAUGCUUGGGCAGAUGUUUCAUGAUACGACUAGUAGCUCAGGUACCAGCACCGACGGUAGUGGUGUGUCCUUGAUGAGCAACCCGUUGUUUACCGAUCGGGUCGAUGCCCAACCGCAUCACCGCCCUGUUAUCCUCAACCACGUGGCACCGAAUGACAAUGAGCUUCUACAAUUCACCAAGUACAGAGAGGGCGAGCCUUGUCUCGCCGUUUGUGAUGGUCAGCUUAUUGAGUUGAGGCACCCUCGCGAUGUUAUGAGCUUUUUCAUCGAUCUGGUGGAUGGAGGACAUCUACCGGCACUCCACGCCACAAACUUUCAAGCCAGUGUCAAGGAUUCUCUGGAACGGCUGGCUGACCGAUGGGGGUUCCUAUCUCUGCAUAAGACAUGA